AUGAUGGCUGAGGCGGCGUGGUUACCCUACCAUACAGGUGUUGGUGGCCGCGUGGUCUGGCCACAGCGAGCAGAUUUAAUUUUCUGUGGCCGUGAAGAGUGGAUCGCUUGGCGUCAUUAUAUGGCGCCCAAUGGCACUGUCAGCUCAACACAGCUGCCCUCUACUUCUCUGGCACGCCUCGCAUCCACUAGCCACACUGCUGUCUUCUGCUAUAGACCUGAUGCCCCAUCACUUUCUUCGCGGCCUCUAUUUCGGCUAGGAUUAUCGGCUUGCUCGGUAAAAAACCUUCUUGAAGUCAUGAGAGAGCCACCUACUGUAAUAUGCCUUUUUAACCACAUAAUUGGCCUAAAUUUCAAUCUUUUUUUCAUGUAA